AUGGGGGGGGGGUACUGUCACACUUGCUCCCGCUCUUCUUCCCCCUGGCACUCGAGGGCGCCAGGACCCCCAGCAUUAAGCACUCAAGCCACCAUCAAUAUCUCUCUUCCAGCCUCUCUGAGUUUCAGUCCUGACAGAUCUCAAUUCUUUGAAUUUGAGCCUGUCUCUCUGAGCUGUGAGGUUCAGGGGAACUCUACUGGAUGGAGAGUGGUGAGGAACACAACGAGAGGAAUCCUUUCAGAGUGUAAUACUGACUGGGGAAACCAACAUGGGUCUUCAUGCAUCGUGUCACUAAUACCAACACACAGUGGAGUGUACUGGUGUGAGUCUGGGUCUGGAGAACACAGCAAUACUGUCAACAUCACAGUACAUGUUGGUGCUGUGAUCCUGGAGAGCCCUGCCCUUCCUGUGACUGAGGGAGAUUCUGUGACUCUGCGCUGCAGAUAUCAGGGAACUCCCUCUAACCUCACAGCUGUUUUCUACAAAGAUGGAUCCCUCAUCAGGGCUGAGACUACAGGAGAGAUGACCAUCCCUGCAGUGUCCAAGUCAGAUGAAGGACUCUACAAGUGUUCCAACUCGAAAGGAGAAUCACCAGAGAGCUGGAUGACUGUGACAGGGGGCUCUGCUUCAUCCUCCUCAUCCUCCCCUCUCCUUCUCCCUCUGUCUGUGUCUGGGUUGGUGGCUGCUCUCUCCAUCUCUCUGAUCAUUCUACUGGUCCUGUUCUGCAAGAGGAACAAAGAUGUAACAGCUGAACCCAGAGAUGUUACGUAUGCUGACGUCAGAAUCAUACAGGACCCAGAACCCAGGAGAAGGAGAGAGAAGUCACCAGGAGCUGGUCCAGUCUACUCUGCAGUGAAGAUCUCCAACACCACAGGUACUGUAGAACUGUACUGUAAUACUGUAAAACACUAUAACACCACAGUUCCAGGUGGAUCUGGUCCAGGUGAUAUGACCUAUGCUGACAUCAACCACACAGAGAAGAGACAACACAACAGGAGGAGAGAGAACAUUGUUCCAGACCCUGUCUACUCAGCGGUGAAGACAGACAGACAGAGAUACAGGUCAGUAGGGCGUUCCAGACCCUGUCUACUCAGCAGUGAAGACAGACAGACAGAGAUACAGGUAGAGCUGUAUCUGGAUCCAGGGACGUAAUGUACAGAGAGUGACCCUGUUCAUCAGAACGUCAUGGUGGAUGGAAAAAUAUGCUCUCUUCAGCAGCGGUGAAUAACCACAACCCUGUCAGUCCAUCUCUUUACUCUCCUUUCUCUUAUCUUCUCUCAAUCGUUCCCUUUUCACACCAACUCACUUAUCUUUAGACACUGCGGCCUUGACUGCCAUCAACAGCAUCAGCAACAGAGAGGUGUGAAGUUUCCACAACAGAGUUAGAGUUAGUUUAACAUGUACUUCUCUUUAGACGCUGCAGCCUUGACCACCAUCAACAGAGUUAGAGUUAGUUUAUCAUGAGAACAUACAGACACCACUGACUGGAACCAGCUGACAGUAUGAGUAGUAAAGGCUUCAUUACUACUAACAGAAGGAGAGUUGUAGUGUAAUGUCCAUGAUGAAUGAUGUAAAGGCUUCAUUACUACUAACAGAAGGACAGUUGUAGUGUUAUGUCCAUGAUGAAUGAUGUAAAGGCUUCAAUGUGUUUUAUAUAAUAAUUGUUUUUGUCCAAAUUGAUAUUUUUUUAAUGUAAUUGUGUGUGUUUAUCUUCAGCAACGCCA